AUGAAUUGUUUAAACUGUUGUGUUCUACCGGCCGGGGAGCAAGAUGCACGUGGGAGGAGCCACGAGAUUGAUGUGAUGCUGAAGCGAGACAUACAAAGCAACAAGCGACUGUUGAGGAUCAUGCUGACGGGCACAUGCGAGUGUGGCAUAUCUGCUUUCCUCCGACUAGUGCGGCUUAAUAACAAAGAAGAAUUCAGCCAUAAUGAGCUGCUUGAAUUCAGAGAAGCCAUUUAUGAAAACGUAAUACAGGGUAUGCAAGUGUUGAUUCAAGAAAGAACUAUGUUUGGCACUCCUUGGCAGAACCCUGCCAAUGAGGUGAAUGAGAUUUUGGUGAGGUCUGUUGAGAUCUGUGGCAUGCAUAUAGAGCCGUGUACAUUUCAGCACUAUGUUAGUGCUAUUGUCACUCUUUGGAAAGAUUUUGGGAUUCAAGAAACUUAUAAAAGGAGAAGUGAAUUUCAGUUGUGUGAAUCAGUGCAAUAUUUCAUUAACAACAUUCAUCGAAUUGGCCAACUGAAUUACUUACCAAGCAGUCUGGACAUACUUUAUGCACACAAAUCCACAAAAUCGAUUGAAGACCAUUAUUUUGUGUUAGAGGAUAUGUCCUUUAUGAUAUCUGAUGUAGGUGACCUAUUCUUUCGGAAGCCAAAAUUGUCUCAUUACUUUAAUGACAUCACUUUUCUCCUCUUUAUCGCAUCCUCCAUCGAGUUUGAUCACAUACGAAUUGAGGAUGACUGUACUAACAGCCUGGUUGAGUCCUUGAUAAUGUUUGAGACCACUGUCAACAACAAGCACUUCUUCAAUACCUCUAUCAUCCUCUUUCUCAACAAAUCAGACCUGCUGGAAGAGAAAGUGAGAAAUGGAGAUAUCAGGAAGGACUUUCCUGAAUUCCAAGGUGACCCCCACAGGCUGGAGAAUGUGCAGGCUUUCUUAGUCCAGUGCUUCAGACAGAGAUUGAUCCACAGCCAGAUGCUUUUCCAUCACUUUACCACUACAGUGAACAAACAGAACAUUUGGUUUGUUUUCCAUGAUGUUAAAGCCACAAUAAUGCAGUUGAACCUCAAAAGGACCAUCUUGAUUUAG